GCUGCCGCGGAGGCCGAGCCCGCCCCCGGGCAGAGUCUGCGCGUCUACUCGGACCUGCACGCCUUCUACUACUCCUGGUACGGGAGCCCGCGGCGCGAGGGCCACUACAUUCACUGGGACCACGUCAUGGUGCCUCACUGGGACCCCAAGAUCUCGGCCAGCUAUCCCCGCGGCCGCCAUAGUCCUCCCGACGACUUGGGCUCCAGCUUCUACCCGGAGCUGGGGCCCUACAGCUCCCGGGACCCCGAGGUGCUGCGGGAGCACAUGACCCAGCUCAAGGAAGCCGCCAUCGGCGUCCUGGUCCUGUCCUGGUACCCACCUGGCAUGGCUGAUGAUAACGGGGAACCCUCAGACGACCUGGUACCCGCCAUUCUCGAUACCGCCCAUCAGUACAACAUCCAGGGUUAG